AUGUCGUCGCUUCCCGUGCCCUCCAAGGCUGCCUUGACGGCGAUGCGAGGGCUCAUCCUGGGCACGUCGUGCACCCUCGCCCUGUUUGCCGAAGACCGCCGCCGCCGCAUAAACAAGGCCCUCGCCUUUGUCGAGAAUGGGGAGAGGAUCAAGGCGGCUCAGAGCUACCGCUCCGGAGGCGCCGCACUGGCCCUAGCCCUAGAAGAGGAGGCAUUCUGGGAUGCCGGCCUGCUCUCUGCUCCGCCUCCAUUCACCAUGUCGCCUAAGCUAUCCAGGUCGCAACUAGGCCGAACAGAAGCGCACCUUCAAGACGAUACCUGGGCUCGGCUUGAGCUGAGUUCAGACGAGGCGAGGCUACAGCAGGAACGGCGGAGUAACCCGCUAGUAUCCAAACACCGCAAUACUAGUCGCCGCCAGGCCGAAAUACACAAUUUCUCUUCUACUCAGACCCCGAACAAACCGGACAGCUUCAUACCGCCCUUGGCCGACCCGCGCGUCGCACUCGAUGCCGCCCUACGCCUCUGGCCCGCUGUAGACCCCAAAACUGUCAAGGCUCUUGCGGCUCCCAGCACUGAAGAAAUUGUCUCGUCAGUACAGGAUGCGUGUCACACCAAGGACGCGCGGAAGCUCAGUUCCGCCAUCAACGACAUGAUUACGGCAUUCCAAACAAAGGCUGCACCAAGCAAUCUCGACGGGCCAUGGAUAGAAGCAUCGGCGCUUCUGUGCCGGACAUGCCAGGAGCUGGGCCGGGUAAACGAUGCGGCCAAUAUACUGGGCUGGGCCGUGACUCGUGGGCCGCUGAGGGAGAGCGACUACCACGACCACGACCCCCUCUCUCUAAUAAGAGCCCUGCUGCCCCAGGAACCCCUAGGCCGUUUCAAUCGGGACGCCUACGUUGAGAAAGUCGAAAUCGCCACGACUCUGUUCCUGCCAAAUUUUACAGAGAGACCGACAGACCUUCAGCCCGAAGCUUUUAGUCUCGGGAAGACACUUAUAGAGCUCGCCUUGGUAGCCGAGCGAAAGGGGCGCCUCACCAGCUUGUAUCGACGAUGCAGCCUACUAACAGAGGACACCAAUCACGAUUUUGCCGAGUGGUACAUUACCAAGAUUCACGAGACGGGUGAUUUCAAGAUGGCCAUCAAGCUCAUCAUAACCCGAUAUGCCAAGAUGUCGCCAAGCGCCGAGUCCAUAUACCGAGUUGGCGAUGUUGCCGUCCAGAGUGUAGGGGCUGCUCACGACCACAAAGCCGACCAGGUCUUGAAGUCGUUGCUGGAGAUAUGCUCCAAGGACUGCAAGCUGAAGACAGAAUGGGUUGUCAGGUUGAUGCUCUCACACAGAAAUCAGCACCGCGACAGCUUCGAGGAGGUCGAGGCGCUGUUCAAUCAUGUAGCGGCGGCCAAUCUGGAAGAUGUCGUCGUGUUUCCGGAUGGUGUCUAUCGCGUCAUGAUUGAGAUGGCGCUCGAGGCUGGCGAGGAGACCAAGGCCGAGUCGUAUAUGAAUGUGGCUGCGGCUACGAUACCGCGGUUUGCCAAAGACGUCCGAGUGCAAGGUCUUUUCGCUCUCUCGUGUGCCAGGGCUGAGGACUGGGAGGGCGUUCGCAGGUCGUUUGAGAAGAUGGGGGCGAAGAGGGCAGAUGCCCGUGGCAAGGUUUUUGUGCCCAUUCUUAAAUUAUACGCCAAGCAGCACACGGUUCACGAGACGGAGGACUUCAUGAGGUCAUACAUCCGCGAUUUCGACGUACCGCUGAAUGGCUACAUGGUCACCCUCAUGGCCAACCAGUACGGCUCGCUGCGGGAUCUCGAUGCGUUUGUUGGGUGGAUAGAAUACUGCGCCAGCGCCGGCUUCAAAGUCGACGCCGCCUUUACCAACGCCAUUCUCGCCAACUGUCGACGGCAGUGGAAGUUGCCGUUCAGAGACUUACGCACACUAUUCCGGAAGUUGAGAUUGCUGAACCCUGACUUUGUGGACGAUGUGACGGGCCGGAUCAUGACGGAUGCUGCGCUCAUGGACUCCAAACUCGGCGGCGACUUUGCUCGCGGCCGUCUCAACUCGCUGAGGGUCAAGCCGAACCUCCGCGCACUCGAUGGCAGAUGCGCCGAAAUCGAAGGCGUGGUCAUGGCGAUGAAACAAGCCAUGGUGUGUAAAAGCCCUGCCAGAGCCCUUUGGAUCUACAAGCGGGCUUUGCACCAGGGCAUACCUCCUUCCCAGCACGCCCUGCGGCUGGCGGUGCAAGCCCAGCUGAAGACAAAGGAGAACGACUACAGUGCCGCGUUCGACCUCCUCCAGGAUGCCAGGAGACGCGGCGAUGACAUCGAUGAGGCUGUCAACUAUAUUCUCCUCACACGCCUCGGGGAGAUCCUUGAUGGCAUCUCAAGCAGAAAAGCCGCCGCCGUAAGAGCGAAAGCGGUAGAGGCUGCGGAUGCGACUCUCAACCUGUUUGCAAGCAAGGGGAUAAUAUUAUCGGCGAGUUCGCUGCGCCGAGCCGCGCUUAUCUGUCUCAAGGCCGGCAUCUCCCGGGCUGCCAUCAUGUAUGCGCUCAAGGCGUCGAAAACGGUGCAGGAAGGGCCAUUCUACAAUCUGCAGAAUUUCAAGAUCCUGCUGGCAGCGUACACUGACCUCCUGGACGUUGUGGCGAUCAAGAAAGGCAUUGCAACGGCGCUCUCCAGCCCCUAUGCGGUGGAGGCCGAUUGCUUAAAGGCACUGAAGCGUGCUCGGCAGAUGGUAGCCGGAGCGGCGGGCAGUGAGCAGAUGGAGGCGCUCACAGCCAUCCAGGAUGGCAUCAGGGGUGUGGUAGCAGCACGGGAGGGUCUUCGCGAGCAGGCCAGCAAGCUGGAGGUGAAGGCUGUGGAUAUCAUGAGGCAAGCGGCUCUGGAUGCCAACCGCCGCCCUGUCGACUUUGAGACCAUUCCGUGGCUGAACAGAAAACCCAAGACUAGGGUUGACAAACGGGCCGGCGAAGGGGCAGUUGACAGUUUUGACAGCGCCUUUGACAUACCUGAGGAUUGGGUAGGCAAGGAAAAUACUACGCCUCCCAUCACAGCUGUGGCGUCCUUUUAG